GUGGUAUAUCUGGUGAUGCCGGCAACGCUUCCAUGGAAAGAGCUGUGAAAAUCAGGCAGGACGUCAUGGAUUUGGGUGUUUGUACCAGAAAGAAAUUGGUCCAUGUGAGAGACUGCAAAACAGGUUCCAGUGGGAUACCUGUGAAACUGGUGACAAAUCUCUUUAGUCUGGAUUUGCCCCAGGACUGGCAUCUAUACGAGUAUCAUGUGACAUACACUCCAGAUUUAGAGUCCAGGAGGCUCAGAACUGCUUUGCUUUAUAAUCAUCGGAAACUUUCCAAUAGAGCAAAAGCCUUCGAUGGUGUCAUCCUUUUUCUCUCACAAAAGCUGGAAGAAAAGGUCACAGAAUUGUCAAGUGAGACUCAAAGAGGCGAGACUGUAAAGAUGACUAUCACUCUGAUGAGGGAGCUGCCGGCAAGUUCCCCUGUGUGCAUCCAGGUCUUCAAUAUCAUCUUCAGAAAGAUCUUAAAAAAGUUGUCCAUGUACCAAAUUGGACGGAACUUCUAUAAGCCUUCUGAGACCCUGGAAAUUCCCCAGCACAAAUUGUCUCUUUGGCCUGGAUUUGCCAUUUCUGUAUCACAUUUUGAAGGCAGGCUUCUAUUUAAUGCUGAUGUGAGUUAUAAAGUCCUCCGGAAUGAGACUGUUCUGGAAUUUAUGACUGGCCUCUGCCACAGAACGGGAAUGUCCUGCUUCACCGAGACGUGUGAGAAACAGCUGCUUGGGCUCAUUGUCCUUACAAGAUACAAUAACAAAACCUAUCGUAUCGAUGACAUUGACUGGUCAGUGAAGCCCACGCACACCUUCCGGAAGCGGGAUGGCACUGAGAUCACCUAUGUGGAUUACUACAAGCAGCAAUAUGAUAUUACUUUAUCUGACCUGAAUCAGCCAGUGCUUGUUAGUCUGUUGAAAAGCAAGAGACAUGACAACUCAGAGGCUCGGAUGGCCCACCUGAUACCUGAGCUCUGCUUCCUGACAGGGCUCUCUGACCAGGCAACCUCUGACUUCCGAGUAAUGAAGGCGGUGGCUGAAGAAACGCGUCUCAGCCCUUUGGAGAGGCAGCAGCGCCUGGCCAGGCUUGCUGACAACAUCCAGAGGAACAAGGAUGCUCGCUUUGAGCUGGAGACCUGGGGGCUGCAUUUUGGAUGUCAGAUAUGUCUGACUGGUCGGGUUGUGCCUUCAGAAAAAAUACUAAUGCAAGACCAUGUAUGUCAACCUAUGUCUGCUGCUGACUGGUCCAAGGAUAUUCGAACUUGCAAGAUUUUACAUGCACAAUCUUUGAAUAAAUGGUUGAUUAUAUGCAGUGACAGAGCUGAAAAUGUGACCGAGAACUUUUUGAGCUGCUUAAGAAGAGUUGGAAAUUCCAUGGGAUUUAAUGUGGACUACCCCAAAAUCAUAAAAGCACAAGAAAAUCCAGCUGCAUUCCUUAACACUAUACAGAAACAUGUCUCUCCUGAUAUUCAGUUGGUAAUGUGUAUUCUGCCAUCUAAUCAGAAGAACUAUUAUGAUGCCAUUAAAAAAUAUUUGACCACCUCCUGCCCCGUCCCAAGCCAGUGUGUGCUUGUCCGGACCUUGAAUAAGAACGGAAUGAUGAUGAGUGUCGCCACCAAGAUUGCCAUGCAAAUGGUCUGUAAACUCGGAGGCGAGCUGUGGGCUGUGGAGAUCCCGUUAAAGUCCCUGAUGGUGGUCGGUAUUGAUAUCUGUAAAGAUGAAUUCAGCAAAGGAAUGGUGGUGGUUGGAUUUGUAGCCAGUAUUAACGUCAGAAUCACCAGGUGGUUUUCCCGCUGUAUCCUUCAGACAACAUCAACUAGUGUUGCAGAUUGCUUAAAAGUUUUCAUGACUGGGGCGCUUGACAAGUGGUACAAGUACAACCAUAGUUUGCCAGCGCGGAUAAUUGUGUAUCGUGAUGGUGUAGGGGAUGGGCAGCUGAAAACACUUAUUGAAUACGAAGUUCCACAGCUGCUGAGCAGUGUGACAGAAGCAAGUUCAAGCACCAGCUCCAGGCUGUCGGUGAUCGUGGUCAGGAAGAAGGGCAUGCCACGAUUCUUUACAGAAGUGAACCGCACUGUACAGAACCCACCACCGGGCACCGUGGUGGAUUCAGAAGCAACGCGUCCUGAAUGGUAUGACUUUUACUUGAUCAGCCAGGCAGCCUGCCGGGGAACUGUUAAUCCCGUCUACUACAACGUCAUCUAUGAUGACAAUGGCUUGAAGCCCGACCACAUGCAGAGACUUACAUUCAAACUCUGCCACCUGUACUACAACUGGAUAGGCUUAAUCAGUGUCCCGGCACCGUGUCAGUAUGCACACAAGCUGACCUCUCAGGUGGCACAAAGCAUUCAUAAAGAACCAAGCUUGGAAUUAGCCAAUUCUCUCUUCUACCUGUGAUGACGUGAGAUCUCGGCAUCCCUGAAUCCCCGAAUGAAGAAUCCGAGGAACAGUUGGUACACUUUCUUCAUCUCUGCCACAAGCUGCGACGGGGAAAAGGGCUUAGUUUUAACUUGUGGGGAAAAAAAAAACCCUGAACAACUUAAUCUGAAAUGGUUCAAAAGAAAUGUGUGUUGUUUUAUUUUAAAGAAUUACAUGCUUUUGGGGUAAAUCUGCACUGUGGCAUAUGGAAUUAAGAUGUACCAUCACCUGUAAUUCCACAAAGCUAAAUAUCCUCUAAGAAAAUAAGUGUGUGUGUGAUGUCUCGAUUGUAGGUAAAUGGGAUCUAGUUCUCACCUUAGAUUUUGUAGAAGUUUUCUUAAAUAAUGUUAUAGAGUGUUUUGUAGAGUGGUUUAAAUAGUUAUUAGACAAUAAAGAAA